GCGGGUUGUUACCAGAAGUGCCCGUUCCCGCCAUGAUGGUUGCGCCUCCGUGGGGCGGCCCGGUGGUCCCGCUUCGGGUCCUGCCGUGGCCGUGACGGUCCCGCGCAGCCCCUGCGGCCAUGGCGGAGCCUAGGCUCGCCGUGCGGAGGAAGAGCCGUUCCAGUUCGGAGCGCAAGCGGAGCCGGGCCCCAGUGCAGCCCGUUGCUGCUAGCUCGCCGGUGGCUCGCAAGAGACCGAGCUCUGGUGGCGAGGGGCCUCCAGCGGAAGUCCUGUGCAGUAAUGAUAGCGAGGAGGAUAUGUUCGGUGGCUGUGACAGCUUUUAUGGAAACGAUUCAUUGAUCGCUCAAGUGGAUGAUAUUGACCACAAAUACCUGCAGGAUAAAAAUAUGGAUGUGGAAGCAGCUGGAGAGAUUGAAAGUUCCCAAGUACAAUCAGGAGUUCACCAGAAAGAGGAAGAUAACUUCUUUGCUUCACAAAAUGUGGUGGUCCUUAACAGUGACAAAGAGGGGGGUGCCUGCCAAAUGCGUGACAGUGACACAGCUGAUGGCAAUCAAAAAUUAACUGAGUCUAUUUUAGAUGACUUGCCAUUGUCGCAACUUUUGUAUUUUGAAAAAAUGGAUGAACUUUUUUCUCCUUCUAGAACAUCUCCACUCUCAAAAGGAAGAGAUGAAUGCGUGAAUUCUUUCUCAGACAAAAUCAGAGACCCAUUGUCUUUUUAUACUGGUGUUGAACACCGGAACAGACCUAUUGAUUCUUCUUCACUCUCCAACUGUGUUUUAUUUAAAUCUGAAAGUCUCAAAGAUCACCUGAAAAGUGCUAUGACUGGGAAUGCCAGAGCCCAAACUCUGCAGGUCUCCAAGACCAAGCAGCUCAAAGAAGCUGUUUUAUCUGAAGAGAUUUUUGUGGCUAGGAAAGCUAUUGAAUCUUCUUCUCUUGAUAUAGGCCCUUUUUAUGGAUUACCUAGCAAGGUUAAAGAUUUAUUCAGACAACUUCGAGGGAUUGAAACACUUUAUGGUAGUGUAACCAAUGAGUGGCAGCAUGAUUGCUUGAUGUUAGAAUCCCUACAGCAAAGGAAGAACUUGAUAUACUCAUUGCCAACUGGUGGUGGAAAAACUCUUGUAGCUGAAAUAAUAAUUCUCCAAGAAUUACUCUGCAGGCAGAAGGAUGUUCUGAUGAUCCUGCCAUAUGUUGCCAUUGUCCAAGAAAAGGUUAGGGGUUUAUCGAGUUUUGGGAUAGAAUUGGGUUUCCUGGUUGAAGAAUAUGCAGGAAGUAAAGGAAGAUUUCCACCAAUUAAAAGAAGAGUAAAAAAAUCUCUUUAUAUUGCUACUAUAGAAAAAGGACAUGCUCUGGUGAACUCCUUAAUUGAAACAGAAAGAAUCUAUGACCUCGGCCUGGUUGUGGUAGAUGAGCUGCAUAUGCUCGGAGCGGGAAGUCGUGGAGCAGUACUGGAAAUUACUCUGGCGAAAAUUCUUUACACCAGUAAAAAGACACAGAUCAUUGGCAUGAGUGCAACGUUAAAUAAUGUUGGAGACCUGCAGAAGUUCCUGCAAGCAGAGUACUACACUAAUAAUUUUAGACCGGUAGAAUUAAAGGAAUACAUAAAGAUACGAGACACCAUUUAUGCAGUUGACAGCAAAACACAAAAUGGCUUUGCUUUUUCACGUCUCCUUAAUUUCAAGUAUUCUAGUAAUCUGGAGAAAGCAGAUCCUGACCACAUAAUUGCGCUGGUUACUGAAGUUAUUCCUAAAUAUUCCUGCCUGAUCUUUUGUCCCACUAGAAAGAAUUGUGAAAAUGUGGCUUCAAUGGUGUGCAAGUACCUCAAGAAGGAAUUUAGAGCUCACAAGGGGAAAGAAAAACAAGAUCUCAUCGAGAACCUAAAGGGUAUUGGAAAUGGAACUGUCUGUCCUCUUUUGAAGCAAACAAUCCCUUUUGGUAUUGCCUAUCACCAUAGUGGGCUUACAAAUGAUGAAAGAAAAAGCAUAGAGGAAGCUUAUUCUGCAGGUGUCCUGUGUCUGCUUGCUUGCACAGCCACCCUAGCUGCUGGAGUGAACCUACCAGCUAGAAGGGUGAUUCUCAGAGCUCCUUAUGUUGGCAAUGACUUCCUGAAGAAGAACCAGUAUAAACAAAUGACUGGCAGAGCUGGUCGAGCUGGUAUUGACAGUGCUGGAGAAAGUAUUCUCAUAGUGCAAGAAAAAGACAAACACUUGGUUCAGGAUUUAGUUCACAGUCCUUUGGACAAUUGCUACAGCAAUCUUCUGCUGGAGUUGACCAAGGGAAUCCAGAGCCUGUUGUUAUCUUUGGUUGGACUGAAGAUAGCAGUUACCCAUGAGGAAGUGGACAAUUUUAUGUCCUGUACACUGCUGGGCGUUCAGCAGCAGCUGCUGUCUAAAGAGAAGAGCCUCUCAGAGAUAAUUAAAGAUGGGCUGGAAAAUCUAAUAGAAAAAGGACUCCUAAAAGGAAGAAUAACUGAGAAGGACCACAAUUCCAAAUCUGCACUGACAAUCACACCCUUGGGUAAAGCUACAUAUAAGGGCUCAAUAGACUUGGCAUACUGCAAUAUUCUGUACAGAGAAUUGAAAAAGGGUUUAGAGGGGCUGGUUCUUGAGAGCAAUCUUCAUCUCCUAUAUCUGUCAACUCCCUAUGAUAUGACUUCUACUUGUAGCCCAGAUUGGAUGAUAUACUUGAGACAGUUCAACCAGCUAAGUGCAGCAGAGCAAAAAGUAGCAGAUAUUGUGGGAGUACCUGAAAGCUUUAUUACAAAAAAGGCUUCUGGUCAAGCUGUCAGAAAGAAUGUGGACAAUGCUGUGGUGAACAGGUUCUACCUGACAUUUGUCCUUUAUUCACUACUGAAAGAGACCAAUAUAUGGAGUGUUUCAGAGAAAUUUAAUUUGUCCCGGGGAUAUGUGCAGAAUCUCCUCAAUUCUGCUGCCUCCUUUGCAUCCUGCCUUCUACAUUUCUGUGAGGAAUUGGAAGAAUUCUGGGUUUAUAAAGCCUUGCUGAUAGAGCUUACCAAGCAGUUGACAUACUGUGUUAAGACAGAACUCAUCCCUCUGAUGGAGGUAGCAGGGGUUCUAGAGGCACGAGCAAAACAGCUUUACAACGCAGGGUACAAAACGUUAGCACACUUGGCUAAUGCAAAUCCAGAAACUUUGGUGAGGAUGAUUGAGCACUUGUCACGACGUCAAGCCAAACAAAUAAUUUCAUCUGCAAAGGGUCUGUAACAAACACUGAGUUGUGUCUAAACAAAAACUGCAGGAAGUACAUCAUCAAGGGAUGGUAUUCUCUAUCUCCAUUCAUCAUCUGCUGUUGCAAUGGUAUUGGCUUCAUGUUAGAUUCUACUAAAAGAACAAGCUUUUGGUGAAGUAAGGGAAUGUCCAGAAUAAAAGGAUGGGUGAUUGGUGUAAAAAUAAGGCAGUCAAUUAGAAAGUUUUGGUUUGCACAUUCUCAUGAAGUAAACAUACCAGUUUUGGGGGUUGUGUACUUUAAAGGUCGUGUUCUGAUAAUGUUGUAGGCUUCCUGUUGCUUUUUUCGUUUGCUGCUGUGGGAGCCAAAAGAAAGGGAUAUAUGCAGGUUGCUUAUCUACAUCAAGGACAAAUCUAGAAAGCUACCCUUGGAGUUUUCUCUAACUGAGAAGUUAGAAGAGUGCUUGCAUGGGGUUCUGUUCCUCUCCAUGCCAAUAACAAACAGUUCAAGGGCUGUGGAUUAAACAACUGCUGAUAUCAGGAGUCUUGUAUGUCUGAUGUAAAAUGCUGUAGUAAGAAAUUUCAAAUAAAGGAAGUACUUAGCUUGACAGGCACAACUUAAAAAUGUUUAUUCUAACAUGGAAAAUGAAUGUCUAAGGUUAAAAAUGUUCCUUAACAGUUCCAGACAAAACUGUUCAUAUUCUGUAAAUUGGUGUAUUAUGUGAUGGCAGAAUCCAGAAAAUCAUCUCUGUGCUGUAUGAAUUUUUGUGUGAUUGCUUUCUAUAUGGGUGUAAACUAAUAGACAAAAAAAUGCUGGCUCUUUGAUGUAAAGCUGCUGCGGUCCUGGGAGCAGCACAGCAGUCUUUUACAGAUCCAGGUGCAAGUUUGGAAAGAAACAUUGGUGUUUUAAUCUGCCUGAGAGUUAUAGCUAAUACCUGUAUUUGUUUUCUAAUUUUUGUUUUUCUUGAGUGAGCUACCCAGAAAUGCCUGCUUGCAGGAUUCUCUCUACUCUUUUCUUUGUGUUUUCUUGUUGUAGAUGCUGCUGAGUGAAAAAGCUGAGGCUUUACAGGAAGAAGUCGAAGAACUCUUAAAAGUGCCAAGGGAUAUCCCAGGGACCCGCUGAUUCAUGGAAAAAAGUAAUGAAUCCAAAAUUCAGAUAUUUUAAAGUUUUUAACUCUCCUGUUUAUGCCACUGUGAUUUAAUAAAUAUUUAAUGUCUUUCGUAUACCACAA